UACAAACAAAAAGCAAACAAAUAACACUUAACCAAGAUUGACACCAUUUCCUCUUUUAUGGGCUCUCUCUCCCCAAGCCAAAGCAAGAUCUUUGCUGUUUGUUUACUUUUGAUUUGGUUUAUUUUUUGCUCGCACGAAACUCUAAUCUAUUUUCAACAACCAUUCUCUGAUUUAAAUCACAUAACUUCAAAUUCCCAUUUGUUAUUAGAUCACCAAAAAAGGGGUUCCUUUUAUUUUGCAAGAUCUUUUCUUUUUCCUCUUUUUUUGGAUUACAAACAAAAAAAAAUCACAUUUUUGAGGUGGGAAAAUGGGGAAGGUGGCAGUUGGGAUGGCGGUGGUAUGUGGGGUAGCGGUGGCAGCUGCAGCAGCAGUGGUGGUUCAUCGGAAAAUGAAGAUGUCAGGGAGGUGGAUCAAAGCAAUGGAGAUAGUAAAACAGUUUGAAGAAAAGUGUGGGACCCCGAUUUCGAAGCUGAGGCAAGUGGCUGAUGCCAUGACUGUAGAGAUGCAUGCUGGUCUUGCCUCUGAAGGUGGCAGCAAACUCAAGAUGCUCAUCAGCUAUGUUGACAAUUUGCCUACUGGGAAUGAGAAGGGAUUAUUUUAUGCAUUGGACCUUGGUGGAACUAACUUCCGUGUGCUACGAGUGCAAUUGGGAGGAAAGGAUAGUGGUAUUGUCAAUCAACAGUUUGAGGAGGUGUCUAUUCCUCCGAGUUUGAUGACAGGGACGUCAGAUGCACUAUUUGACUAUAUUGCUGCAGAACUUGCAAAAUUUGUAUCUCGAGAAGGGACGGAUUUUCAACUAACUCCUGGUAGGCAGAGGGAGCUUGGUUUUACCUUCUCAUUUCCUGUGAUGCAAUCAUCCAUUGCUUCUGGAACCCUUCUUAGGUGGACAAAAGGCUUCUCUAUAGAUGAAACAGUUGGCCAAGAUGUGGUAGCAGAAUUGACAAAAGCCAUGGAAAGACAAGGCCUUGACAUGCGUGUUUCAGCUUUGGUCAAUGACACCGUUGGAACACUAGCUGGAGGUAGGUAUACCAACAAUGAUGUUAUUGCUGCUGUGAUCCUUGGUACUGGAUCAAAUGCGGCAUAUGUGGAACGUGCACAGGCAAUACCAAAAUGGCAUGGUCUACUACCCAAAUCAGGACAGAUGGUUAUCAAUAUGGAAUGGGGUAACUUUAGGUCAUCACAUCUUCCAUUAACAGAGUAUGACCAUGCACUAGAUGCUGAGAGUUUAAACCCCGGUGAACAGAUUUAUGAGAAGGUAAUAUCUGGUAUGUAUUUGGGAGAAAUUGUCCGCCGAGUUCUGUGUAGGAUGGCUGAGGAAGCUGCAUUCUUUGGUGACACUGUUCCACCAAAACUUAAAGUGCCAUUUGUAUUGAGGACACCUGUCAUGUCAGCAAUGCAUCAGGACACUUCCCCUGACCUCAAAAUAGUAGCCAAUAAAUUGAAAGAUAUUCUUGAGAUAUCAAAUACCUUCCUGAAGAUGAGAAAAGUAAUUGUUGAGCUUUGCGACAUUGUUGCCAGACGUGGGGCACGUCUUUCAGCUGCUGGGAUACUAGGCAUUCUGAAAAAAAUGGGAAGAGACACAAUCAAGGAAGGGGAGAAACAAAGAACAGUAAUAGCUAUGGAUGGUGGACUAUAUGAGCACUAUACCGAAUACCGCAAGUCCCUGGAGAACAGCCUAAACGAAUUGCUGGGAGAAGAGGUAUCUGAAACCAUUGUAGUUGAGCAUUCGAAUGAUGGAUCUGGCAUUGGAGCUGCUCUCCUUGCUGCUUCCCAUUCACAGUAUCUUGAAAUGGAUGAAUCCUGAGAGCAGUGAGAACUGGUUCAAUCAUUCUUUUGAAGUUACUUGUGAUAGAUCUUGGCAAAGUGUUAUCCACAGAUUUUCUUUUUCAACCUGGAGGAUUAGCGUUUUAUUCCUUUUCUCUUUUUUAUUUUUUGGUUUUGAAAUUGUUAGGAUUUGAAUUUUAGUCACCAAAAUUAAAGAGUCUAGGGCUUUUAUAGUAAAAAAUCUUAAAUAAUUGCCUGCAGAGUACGUGAUGAGGUGGAUUAAAUGUAUAAAAUCAGGACCUGGAAGCGUGAAUUCUUCCGCUUCGGCCUGUGAUUCUGUUCAUUGUUUUUCUUUCCUUCUGGUGCUUACUGCUUAGGCAUUAAAAUAACUGCCAACCCUUUUAUAUUUCUCGCAUUCGGCUCACUAAUAAUUUGAUUAUCUUCUAUGUGAUUGUGGCUAUGUAUCAUGCAGCGUCAAACCGUAUCUAUGUCUGUACAUUCUGCGAAGGAUAAAAUUGCUUGACGAAGUAUAUUGAGGCCCUGGAUGAAUCGCUUUUCAUUUCAAGUAGACUGCUACAUACUGUAUUACUAAGAAAAAAAUGAAGUUGCAAAAGAUUAUCUGAAGAGUCUGAUUGCUUUGAAAUUGUACUGAAGGAACUGCAGUGCAAAGGAUCAAAGCUGUAUUUUGCCCAACGUUCGAACAAAUUCUUUCAAUUGAAGGAACCAAUCAGUGUGGUAAGGUUUUUGAUCAGUCUCUAAAUCGACUUUAACUUGCAAGUUUUGAGCAUGAACUGAGAUUUGCAUACUCAAAGGAACUUAACUUGGACAAUCAAUCUCAAUCUCCCUAAUUCAAUCUAAAAACCGAAGAUUCAA